AUGUCCGGCCUUCACCUCAUGAAACAAGGCCGAGAUAGGAAGAAGGUGGAUCUACAGAGAGAUUUCACUGUGGCGUCUCCAGCAGAGUUUGUCACCCGUUUUGGAGGAAACAAAGUUAUUGAGAAGGUUCUCAUUGCCAAUAAUGGGAUAGCGGCAGUCAAAUGCAUGAGGUCCAUCCGACGCUGGUCUUACGAGAUGUUCCGGAAUGAGCGAGCCAUUCGUUUCGUGGUUAUGGUGACGCCCGAAGACUUGAAAGCCAACGCAGAAUAUAUUAAAAUGGCUGAUCAUUAUGUCCCAGUACCUGGAGGUCCAAAUAACAAUAACUAUGCAAAUGUGGAACUGAUACUGGAAAUUGCAAAACGGAUACCUGUGCAGGCAGUGUGGGCAGGCUGGGGCCAUGCCUCAGAGAACCCCAAACUUCCAGAACUGCUCCACAAAAAUGGAAUUGCUUUCAUGGGUCCCCCAAGCCAAGCGAUGUGGGCAUUAGGAGAUAAAAUUGCUUCUUCUAUAGUGGCGCAAACUGCGGGUAUCCCUACCCUUCCAUGGAGUGGCAACG